AUGUCUUGUCCUUCAAGUCAAAGACAAACAGGCUAUGAAUGUCUAUUAGAGGAAGAGUUUAAUUCUCAUAGCAGAAAAAUUAAAAAGGGCACAGAUUAUGCAAUAGAAUAUAAACAAAAAGAAGAUGAGGAAUAUUUAAAGAUAAAACCUCAUAUUCUAAGAAAACAACGAAUGAAGGAUCUUUACAUAGAUAACAUAGACCAGUCGCAUUUAUCAUAUAACUUUUCUUAUCGGCCUCAAACACAGUUACCAAUUUUUCGUGUUAAAGAUAAGAUCUUGUCCAUGCUCGAAAGCAAUUCUGUCAUUAUUAUCUCUGGUAGUACGGGCUGUGGGAAGACAACACAAGUACCAAAAAUUAUUCUUAAUGAUAAAUAUGAGAAGAAUGAACACUGUAACAUUAUAGUUACAUCGCCGAGACGUAUUGCUGCUAUGAGCAUUGCCAAAAGGGUCUGUGAAGAGAGAGAAUGGCGUGUUGGUACUAUUGUGGGAUACCAAAUGGGAUUCAUCAAAAAUGUACCUGAAGUGCCUGAGGAACCAAAAUUCUCGGAAGAUAUAGCAAAGUUUUCUAUACGCAUCUUGCGCAUUUUUGAUUGUCUCGACAAAGCUGACAACAAUUGUUCUGAAAGAGCGGCCGUGCUGGUAUUUCUACCAGGAUAUCAUGAAAUCAUAGAAUUCCAUCAAGAGAAAAUAUUUAAGAAGCCAGCAAAGGAUUUUCGACGUAUUAUACUAUCGACUAAUAUUGCUAAAAGCAGUAUUACUGUGCCUAAUAUUAAAUACGUUAUCGAUUUUUGUCUGACAAAACUUCUUGUUACUGAGUAUGACUCAAAUUACGAGAGUCUACAGAUUAACUGGGCGAGUAAGGCAAAUUGUCAACAACGAGCUGUAGGUCGCGUAGGUCGCGUAAUGGAAGGUAGAGUGUACAGAAUGAUUACAAGAUCGUUUUAUGAUAAUAAGUUGCCCACAGAAACUAUUCCAGAAAUACUCAGAGCUCCGCUUGAGAAUGUAGUUCUCAAAGCAAAAAUACUGAAUAUGGGUGAACCAAAAGCUCUUCUCGCUGUUUCUUUGGAUCCGCCGGAUUUAAGUGACUUACAAAGAACUGUGUUAACAUUAAAGGAAGUCGGUGCGUUGCUCCAUACAGAAGAAAAUCCGAACGAUUUCGACGGAAAACUGACACCUUUGGGUCGUGUAAUGGCUUCUCUUCCGAUGAACAUUUACAAGUCGAAGUUAAUUGUUCUGGGUCAUCUGUUCGAUAUUCUGACGGAUGCAAUUAUUAUGGCAGCUUGUUCGAGCGUUAAAGAGAUAUUUAGCAUCAAUGCGGAAGAAGUGAAAUUAACCUACAACGAAAAACUACAAUGGGCUGCUGGAUCUGAUUGCGACCUUAUAGCAUAUUAUAACGCUUACAAGAAUCAGAAGCCCUAUCCGGACUUAUCAGAAGCAUUGGAUUAUAAAUCUAAGGUGACGCUAAAUGGCCCGGUUUUGCCGUUGGAAGUUUGGUUGUCUCCUGUGGUUAACAGCGAAUCACUUACUUCCAUAAUCAUAGAUCCAUUGUCGGUGAAUUCUAUUACACUGGACACUUGUCCGAACGAGCCGAAAGGGAAGGAAAACUACUUUUUGUAG